AUGGACCAAGGCUUCGGUUACGGCCACUCGCACAGCAACUCAUACGGCGACAACAGCUUCGAUCCAUCUCCAAGCCCAACUCCGCAGCCUAUCCCUCAACCGCCCGCAUUUCAGGCCGCCGUUGAACCUACAUACAACCAAGGUUUCGCUUAUCGGGAAGGACUUACGCCUUCAGUUCCCCCUCAAAGCAUGAAGAACGGCAAGAUCGAUUUUAUGAAGAGCCGUUGGCCAGCUUGCUUCAUGGCAGUUUCUCUACUGCAAGCUAUUCUCAACAUUUGCUUUGAAGCUUACGUCUUUGGCAAAUUCCAGGUCAAUCUUGGUGACCACAACCCAGAUCCUGAAGUCCAGUCCCAAUACAAGACUAUCCCUACUUUCCUGACGCUGUUCAUUUUCGGUUUCCUUUACACCCUCGUUGUCGUCUGGGAUGCUCUGCGACAGAAGAACACCAUUCAGAUCAUUGGUGUCUGCUUCUCCAACCUCGCCCUCAUGGUUUACACCACCAUUCAAGUCGAUCAGAUUAAGGAGGCCUUUGAUAUUCUCGGCGCUAAGAACGCUCUCCGACCCGAGAUGCCUGCUGAACAACUCUGGCAUGAUGUUAAGCCUUAUCUCGUGGCUAUUCCUGCCAUCAUUGCCCUCGCUACUCUUAUCAUGGGUUUCCUUUCUUGGAAGAUCUACCAGGAGUAUGCUUGGGACAUCCUCAAGAACAUUGGUGCCGACUACCGCAUGAAGAAGCGAUUUCUUCAUUAUCAGAUUUACAUCGCUCUCCUCAAGUUCGAUUUCUUCUUCUUCCUCGGCUUCAUCGUUCAGUUCGUUGUCGUUGUCGCUGACAAGGAUGAUCCCGAAUUCGCGCUGACCAUCGUCACCAUCCCUAUUACUAUCCUGAUCCUGCUUGCCGCCGCUUUCUUCACUCGCCGUGAAAACAAGGCUGGCAUGAUCGGAGUCAUCAUCCUCUACCUCGGAGGUCUCAGCUACUUCAUCUUCAAGCUGGUCCGAAUCUACCAGCCUGGACACAAGCAAAACUACGAAGCCGUUCGCCGAUCAUUGACCGCAUUCGCCGUUAUCACCAUUCUUCUUAUUCUCCUCACCAUCAUCAACGCCGUUGUGUGCAUGCUCAACUUCGGCAAGGGACUCAAGCCUCAUCUCCAGUCUUUGUCUCGCAAGCGCAAGGUUGAGGAGAAGCCCGACGUCAACUCAAUUAACAUGCAAGACGUCAAGCCUCAAAUUCCUAGCCGCAUGACCAUCGAUUAA